UCCAAGAUGGAGGAGGUAGAUAACAUUAUUAUCCACACGCUCAGACAAAUCGGCUGUGACAUGUCUGAGGAUGUUUCAAGUCUAAAGGAGUUUACCACAGCCAUGAUUGUAGCAGCAACAUCAAAAUGUCUUCAUAUGAUCAAAGAAGAUCUUCAGAUUCCAUCUGUGUUGCCUGCCAGUAUGUCAUCUAAGUUUCGACUUGGAACAGCUCUUGCCAAUGCCUGUCAGGAAGUUGGAUACGGUGGUGAGAUUGGUUAUCAGACCUUUCUGUAUUCCAAUGAAGCUGAUAUCAGGAAAUUGUUUAUGUUUUUGGUGGAGCAUCUUCCAAAAGAGAGUUCAGAGUCAGCUGGUGAACCUUUAGGCUCAUCUGUGAUGCUGCAGAGGCGUAUAUCAGCAGAGUUGUCCAAGAGACUUAAGAGGCCUUGGACACCUUCAUUCUGCAAAAAGGACAGCAUCAGUUGGAGUGGAACCAAGCCACAAGUUUGGCACAAAGAGGGAGCCAGGUCUGUGCGGAGAUUUCAUGCUUGCCCUUUGAGAGUACCAGAGGGUCUUGGAGAUUUAACCAAGAAAAUUCCCAAAGAUUUAAAGGCUUACUACAGUAACUCAAUGCCACUCAUUACAAGCCAGCCAUCUUGCCGCCAGGAUGUAGCACCAUCUGUGCUGGAAGCCAAUGCCAUAUCUGUCACUCUGGAUAAUGAGUGGGAAAAUGAGUGGAAUCAAAGUGGAUUAGCAUCACGGCUGUCGAAAGAGGAAUACCUUGCUCAGAAGAGGGAGCGUUUGGAAAAGAAGAUCAAACAGCACGUUAAGAGUGAGCUGCAGAGGGCCAAUCAAAAGGCUGCAGCAAAUGGUGACCUCAGUGAGAUUGUUUCAUCCCUCUCAGACAAAGCUUCAGGAACCUCGGCACCUUCCAAGGGAUCAAGAUUCACUCACACUGAACAACUUCAGUUUGCACAAGAUGAACAAAAGGCAGCUGCCAUGGCGGGACUCACUGAAGAAGGUCCUCCUAAAGUGGACACAGAAGAGGAGAUGAGGAAGAAAAGAGAAGAAGAACUCGAAGCAUUGCAAUCGAAACUGGGUGAACUGAAUGCUGGCAUUGAACGCGAUGAACUUGGGAUCAAGAAGUCUCUGGCUGGUAUACAACAGGCAAAUGAACAAGUCGCUGGUCAGAAGACUAAGAACACUGAUCAGGAAGAAGUUUACAAAGUAAACAAAAGAACAAUGGACUUACUGCCUGAUGCAGAGAACAACAUCGCAAAACUACAGAGUGUUGUAGACUCCAGUGCGCAGCGACUAGUGAACUUGGCUCAGCAGUGGGAAAAACACAGGGCUCCCCUGAUUGAUCAGUAUAGGGAGUUGAAACAGCUCAAUGCCAAUAGAGUGUCUGAGGCUCAGAAAGAAUUGGAAGAGAUUAGAUCUCUUCGAGAGAAAAUGAAGGAAGUUGCAGACGAAGCCAGAGGAAAAGAAGAACUUCAUAAAGAGCUGAUUGCUGAAUACGAGACCUUGGGGAAAGAUGUCAAUAGGUCCGCAUACACUCGGCGCAUUUUGGAAAUUGUUGGAAACAUCAAAAAACAGAAAGAAGAAAUAAAUAAGAUUCUGAUUGACACGAAAGAUCUUCAAAAAGAAAUCAAUCAGCUAUCUGGGAAGCUGGAAAGAACAUUCGCCGUCACGGAUGAACUUAUUUUUAGGAACUGCAAAGAGCUGAUUCAAUCUGUAGAGGAAACGGGAUCGAUUGUUAGAGAAAUACGAGAUUUGGAGGAUCAGAUUGAAAUGAAAAGUCAGAAAAACACGGCAACAAACCUCGAGCGAAUCACGGCAGACUACAAGCAGAUGAAAGAAGAGAACAACGCAUUGGCGAAGAAACUAAAAGCAGCCAAAUAAAAGAACAAAAAUUAGUUUAAUCAAAUAGAUAUUUUUGAAGCAAAUUAUUCCUGAAUGGAUGAUCAAUUUAACUGAAUUGAGGCGUUUCUUUAGAUCAUUGUUUUGGUAAUUAAACUUGAACCCAAAUUUA